CCUUGGCCUCCGCACAUCUGCAGGGAUGAAGGUGGUGAACAUGGGAUGCGACCCCUCUGAGAUCUACCGGCCCGACAUCGAUUUGCAGAAUGGGAAGCCGAAGGAGAACUUCCGCAACUACAAGGAGGGGCCGCUGAUGGACCGGGUGUUCAACACCUAUCUGCUUAUGCACACCAACCAGACGGUGGCAUUUGUGAGGAAGAAGAAUGAGGAGUACGGGGGCUGCGGCCUCCACCAGAUGACCAUCAUGGAGGCCUUGGACCUGCUGGACAAAGUGGUGGACGAGUCGGACCCAGAUGUUGACUUCCCCAACUCCUACCAUGCCUACCAGACAGCCGAGGGCAUCCGUAAGGCCCACCCUGAUAAAGAUUGGUUCCACCUGGUCGGACUGCUUCAUGACAUGGGGAAGGUCUUGGCACUGCUUGGCGAGCCACAAUGGGCCGUGGUGGGGGAUACGUUCCCCGUGGGCUGCGAAGUGCAGGACUCUGUCGUCUUACGGGAUUCCACCUUCCAUAACAACCCUGACAUGAAGAACCCGUUAUACAACUCCAAAUAUGGGAUUUACCAGCCUAACUGUGGCUUGGAGAAGGUCCUCAUGUCCUGGGGCCAUGACGAAUACAUGUACAAAGUGAUGAAGCGGAAUAACUUUGCCCUGCCACAGGAGGCUUUCUACAUGAUCCGAUUCCACUCCUUCUACCCUUGGCACACGGGAGGGGAUUAUAUGCACCUGUGCAACGAAGAAGACCUGCGCAUGCUGCCCUGGGUGAGAGAGUUCAACAAGUUUGACCUCUACACCAAGUGCGAGAAUCUGCCCGAACCCCAGGAGCUCAAGCCCUAUUACCAAAGCCUCAUAGACAAAUACUGCCCUGGACAGCUGCAGUGGUGAUUCCUAUGACUUAGUACCUCACCCCAUCCACGCAGCUGACUUCUCUGCUGUUUGCUUUGGCUGGAAAUUACAGCCCUGCUUGGGGCAGGGGUGGGACACAGCCUGUAUUCUGUCCCCCAGGACCAAUGCACCUUGCUCAUGUUAAGCGUCACAUUCCAAAUGAAUUCCUGGGAAAUUCGUCCCAUGCCACACGCCCACUAGUUUACAAUGAAAUAAAAUCAUUAUGGCUCAAGCGUCACAAAUGUCAAUCAUAUCCUCCCCUGCUACGCUCGCCCCAAUCUACAGGAAUAAUCAAUCAUGAGGUCACCCCAAAACAAUGUUUUUGCCCCCUACUAAUGGACCACACAGCAAGCAACCACACGUCAAAGCUGAGGAACGUUAUUCCCGCUCUCCUGAUAGGACAUCUACCCUACCUGGGGGAAAAAAUUCUGCCGAGCACCAUUAGGAUCGGCAUGGAGAGACCGGGAUCUUGGCAGCCAUUGCUCCUGCUGACCCUCCCCUCCCCGUUGGCACAGAAGGGGUUCUGCAGUUGGCUACCAACUUACCAACAAGGUUACCAACGCUAGGCUGGAAAAUUCAUGGAGAUUUGGAGGCAGAGCCAGGGGAGUUUGCGGGGUGACCUCUGUGCGGUAUACCAUACAGUCCACCCUCCGAAGCAGCCAUUUUCUCCAGGGGAACUUAUCCCUGUAGUCCGGAGAUAAGUUCCAGGAGGGUGACCGUGUUUGGUCUGCAGCAGGACAGCAGGAUUGGAGUGCGGGGGCACCUUAGAGACCAACCAGAUUUUCAGGGUGUGCGUUUUUGAGAGUCGGAGCUGCCUUUGACCAGUUUCUGUACCAUGCAUCUG